UGCUAUUCAGUCCAGUUGGAGAGGGAGAUUAUUUAGUCACUCUCUGGGCCCCAAAAGAUGCUUCACUGUGAAAUAAGAGGAGAUCUGUGUUUUGUCUCAGACUGAUGGAUUCAGUCUUUUGCCACCAGUGUCAAGGUUGUUUUUGAUGAUGGGGUCUGCGUUCAAGAGGUUCUGUGUGCGCUUCUGCUGUUGCUGCUGCUGUGAGGAUGAUGAUGAGGAAGAAAAGAGACCUUUACUCAGUAAUGAGACAUUAGAAUAUUUUGACCGUGAAGCGAAAAAGAGGCGGGACCAAGAGACGAAUCUGUGGAAUGAACCGGGAGACCCCUCCCAUUCUGAGAGAGAUGACGACCGAACGCUAUAUAACCUGCUGCAAAACCGAGCCAAAACACGCAGAGGGUCAAUGGGUUACCGGCGUUUGAGUAUUGACAUUGAGGCCAUGAGAGAAGUGAGAAGAGAAGUGCGAGACAAUUGGAAGAUGAUCUUAGAGAAUUUGGGAUUCAUGGCUGAGGCGGAGUCUCUGUUGACUGUGUCCGCCAGCGCAUCAUACGACCGCAUGAGAAACGCAGCGACCGCUCGCACGCUUCUGCAAACGCUGCACACAGAGACAUCUAUAUUCAACAGCAAAGAACCUCCACCUGAGAGAUACCUCUUCAUCCUGGAUCGGCUCAUAUAUCUGGACGCUGCUGAAGAUUUUGUGGCCAAGGCUCGCCGUUUCUUCCCCCCUAGAGAUUAUGAUGACGAUGAUGAAGAGGAGGACGUAAGCGCACUCAGCGCAAUAAAUCUUCCUCUUCUGCUGUCCCGUAUGAACCAGAACAUCCCUGGUGGAGAGGAUGAGGAGGGAGAGACCACCGAACCAGAGGAAUAACACCUUGAGGGGUUUUGAAUGUAAAUGAUGCAGGUUCAGGUCAAGAUGGGUGGGUUUGUGGAUGAUUAAAUCAUGUAUUAGGGAAAUGCUUUAAUGAGAAGGUAAUGGGCUAUCUGUAGAAAUGUCAAAACUGUGAUCUUUGAACUCGGGAUAGAAAAAUGUGGUUAAUGAGAGCUGCAAGAUUACAAGUACAUGAAUGUUGAUGGAUACUGUACGUGCACAUUAGAGUAUGAGAUGGUACAGAGAAUCUGAAUAAACAGAAU